UUAGGGUGUAAACACUACCAACGCAAAUGUAAACUGCAAGCAAACUGUUGUCAAAAACUCGUGUCUUGCCGGUUUUGUCACGACGAUGUAGAAGAUCAUAAUAUAGUCCGCCAUGAAACAAAAAAUAUGCUUUGUAUGCUCUGUAUGACGUUGCAAACUGCUAAUCAAAACUGCCAAAAUUGUGGAGAGGAAAUGGCUCGUUACUAUUGCAAUAAAUGUAAGCUGUGGGACGACGACCCUAAAAAGUCAAUAUAUCAUUGUGAUGAUUGCGGUAUAUGUCGACAGGGCAAGGGUUUAGGCGAAGACUUUUUUCAUUGCAAGAAAUGUAAUAUUUGUCUUAGUAUUACUAUGAAGCAACAUAAAUGUAUUGAAAGGAAUUUGGAAUCCGAUUGUCCCAUUUGUGGUGAGUAUAUGUUUACGAGUACCUCCACUGUGAUAUUCAUGCCUUGUGGGCAUUGUAUCCACAAACAUUGCUAUACGGCUUACAUCCAAACAUCUUAUCAAUGCCCUACUUGUUUGAAAUCACUCGGUGACAUGUCAGAAUAUUUCAAUCGAUUGGAUAAAGAUUUGGAAAGGCAACCUAUGCCAGCAGAAUAUGAAAAAUACAUAUCUCACAUAUUUUGUAACGAUUGUGAAAAGAAAUCACCCGCCAAGUAUCAUUUCUUCUAUCAUAAAUGC